AUGAUGGCACGACUAGUUGCUUAUUUUCGUCCGUCUAAUCGGCUUGGCCUAUCGGCCCUAAAAAUCUCAUCAAGCUCUCACUCUUUCAGGCUCAACGGUUCAAUGUUCGCUAAUAUCCGAAAGAAUUAUAAUACCCCUGUAAUUAAAAAGCAGCGUAAAGAGCUGAACUUUCUUCAGUAUCUUCCCCGGCGGGUCCGAGACUUCAAUAUGAAAACUCUCUUAAAGCUAUUGAAAUCUGUGUGUAACAUGACUGAUAAUCAAUAUCGAUUGCGAGUUGGCAGAGUGUUCCAACAUGCAUUUGUUUGCAAAGAAAGAGCCCGACCCUCACGAUCCCCGAUCGAUGUCAGAUCAUUUGAUGCAAAUGCGUCAACUUCUGGGGUUCAACCAUCUCCGACUUCAUCUUCUCAGAGAAGGAAGGCGUCACCUAUUGCUGCCCCAGAAAACUCACAUGUCCAUGUUGAUGCACAUAUGUUGUCGAUGCAGACGUUCCUAAGAAAUUUAGAGGAGACCUAUAUGAUACAUCAUUGCUACAUUUGUAUGCGGACCAUGUUGCUAGACACAUGCGAGACAGAAAGUACAAUGAUGCUUUAA